AUAGCGCCCACUCGACAAGGCAACGUCAACCUCCUUUUCUCUACCCCUUUCUUCUCUUCAUCACUGUACGUCGUAUUAUGCACCUAGACGUCCAGACGUGCCGGCGUAUCGAUACAAACCUAGACGUGAUUUACUCAAACGGAUUCUGCGCGGCGGAAUACGCGUAAGGGUGCACAAACAUGGCGAAUCACAAAACCGCUUUCCGGGAGGAAGAGAACUCUUAUCUUCGUCCGACCAACUCUCAACGCGUGUAUACUGAGUCCCACCGGUCAUCAUAUUCCGGUUCCGGAGGCUCACAGAUGUCGACCGCUCAAGGGCAGGAAGAGAACGUCGAGGUCGUUGUUGAAGAGGAAGAGGGCGUCGUGGUCCUCACCUUGACGCCCUAUUUCUUUAGCAAGCGACAUCUUACAUGCGGAAUACCGGCUGGACCCCCUCCUCGCACAAGUCAGAACUGGCGAUCCCGUGAAAAGCUCAAAACUACGAAUGCGUGUCUUCUCGUUUGCCUCAACAUUGGUGUGGAGCCACCCGACGUAGUCAAGACCUCUCCACAUGCACGUCUUGAAUGCUGGAUAGACCCGUUCAAGCUUCAGCCAUCACGAGCGCUAGAUCACAUUGGCAAGAACUUGCAGCAACAGUUCAUGACGUUGAACCCACGCCUGCGCUACAAACCCUGUCUCGAUCCAACACACGAUGAUAUCAAGAAGUUCUGCUCAAUACUGCGGAAGACCGCAAAGGACGAACGUGCCCUGUUGUACUACAACGGUCAUGGCGUUCCGAAGCCUACACCGAGCGGGGAGAUCUGGGCGUUCAAUGCCAAAUACACACAGUACAUUCCUGUCGCGCUAGCAGAGUUGCAACAAUGGGUUGGCGAGCCUACGAUUUUCGUCUGGGACUGCUCCGCUGCUGGAAACGUUGUAACGAACUACCUCCGAGUCUAUGAGGAACGCAAGCGGAGUGCAAAUGGGCGCGGGUCUAAUGAGUCCCUGAAGCAAGAUCCGGAGGCGGACGAAUCUUUCUAUUCCUCAAUACACUUGGCCGCGUGCGAUGCAAACGAAACAUUGCCGAUGACCCCCGAUCUUCCCGCCGAUAUCUUCACGUCCUGCCUGACCUCACCAAUUGAAAUGGCUCUUCGAUUCUUCGUCAUGCAGAAUGUCCUUCCUACUGAUGUAACGAUGGAGAUGGUCGAGUAUUUGCCUGGCGAUCUGAAGGAUCGUCGCUCACCACUUGGCGAACUCAAUUGGAUCUUCACGUCAAUCACGGACACGAUUGCAUGGACCACAUUCUCGCGACAACAGUUCCUUGGCUUGUUCAGGCAUGACCUGAUGAUCGCCGCUUUGUUCCGCAACUUCUUACUCGCUGAGCGAGUCAUGAAGCAGUACCAAUGCACCCCAACAUCCUACCCCCUGCUACCACCAACAAAUCAUCACCCAAUGUGGGAAACUUGGGAUCUCGCUGUCGAAGGCUGCCUGGCCCAAAUCCCGAGUCUAAUGAAUGGAAUCAUCCGGCCGCCUUCACCAGCUGACUUUGACCCGAUGAUGUCGCCUGAACCUCUGAACCGACACCAGGAACUUCCGGAAAAUGCCACCUACCACUACGUGAACUCCCCAUUCUUCGCGGAGCAUCUUACUGCUUUCGAGGUCUGGUUGCAACGGGGCGGGUCCAACGCACCUUCGUGGGAUGAACGUGCGUCGAUCGCCAAUCCGCACCCUAGACGACCCCCGGAAGAACUUCCCAUUCUUCUGCAAGUACUCCUUGCACAGGCUCAUCGUCUUCGUGCGCUUGUCCUCUUAUCGCAAUUCGUCGAUCUCGGCCCGUGGGCUGUCGAAUAUUCACUCGUUAUUGGUGUAUAUCCUUACGCACAGCGGCUCUUGCAAUCCCCGUCAAACGAGCUUAAACCUGUUCUUGUCUUUAUUUGGGCGCGUAUCAUCGCCGUGGAGCCUUCCUGCCAAGCGGAUCUAGUCAAGGAUGGUCUGUACUACUUUGCCCAGAUCCUCAAUCCCGAUGAAGACGAUCGAUACGUCGAUGACAAGGCAAGCGUCAUUCCCAACGGACCAGAGCAUAGGGCGAUGUGUGCGUUCAUAUGUGCCAUGGUCGCGCGAAACUACCCGCAAGGGCAGGAAGCUUGCCUUCGUGAAACAGUCGUGGACAGCUGCUUCGCUCGCUUGGACGAGGAAGACUACCUGACGAAACAAUGGUGUCUUCUUUGCAUUGCUGCAAUUUGGGAGUGCAACGACAAUGCCAAGGCCUACGCCGUCACAGAGGACACCAUCAGGAAAGUGGUGGAUCUGCGCUACGACGACAGUGCUGAAGUGCGGGCUGCUGCUGUCUUUACUAUGGGCGUCUUCUUGGGGUGUACAAUGGACGAAUCGGGACGGCUCCUAGUAGAGCCAGGCAUCCCUUCGUUGGGCCGUGAGGGCAAAUAUGCGGAGAAGGUGGCAGGUGGCGGCUCCGGUGCUGCUAUCCCUAUGGCGGAGAAGGAACAACGUAUCAUGGAGAUCUCGCUCGCCAUUGAGAUGCUUCUGGCUGCUAAAGAAGACGCGAGUCCGCUGGUGCGUAAGGAGGCUACCAUAAUGAUAAGUGCUGUCAUAAAAGAAUGGAGAGGUUGGGCUGUCUUGGCCGCUUGGGUAUAUUUCGAAGAAGACAGAGCCUGGAGGCUGGGGCAGGUUGAUUCCAAGGGCGACAGUCCAAUCCGUCAAGCGUUGGACGAGUGGCUGAAUGGGGAAGAGAUGGACUAUGACGAGGAUCCAGAUAUGCCAGAAGAAAAGGAAGCAUUACUGCGGAACUUCUCGCUCAUCGUGGCUACUUUGUUUGAAUUUUCGGUGGAUGACAACAAAUGUGUCUCCGAACCUGCCUCCAAAGUCAUCGACUACAUAAUCUGCCUUCUUUUCAGGUCACCCUUUUGCUCCCUGCCGUUUUCCACCUUCAAUAUGCCUUUGCUUCCAAUCCCCGAGCAUGCGUCGAAGAUCUCCAAGGUCCCGCCAAUUCAGGUACCGACCAGGGGCAGCCGCAUUUCCGCCCUGGUAGGAUCUGACGGAAGCAGUAUUCAUGGCCUGUCUCUCUCACGGUUAUCUCCUAAUGAGCCAUUGCCCGAGCAUCCUGAAGAGGACAACGGCAUCGUCAGCAAUACAUUGCGGCGAACUGCUUCUAUUGCAUCGACCCUGCGGUCGUUGUAUACCAUGUCUCGGAAGAAGGAACCACAGCCUCAGACAAACGGCAAGAGUAAUCAUGACCGCGUUGCCACCGCACCCAAUACACCCCCGCCGAAGACGGUAAAGCCUCGCCCUUCUUCAUUCUACUUCCCUCAAUCGCCUGGUGGAUCCCCGCCAUCAUCUGGCGCAUCGCCUAGUUCUACUCCUUCACCCAAUGAGAAUCAUCCUCGAUCAAGAAAUGUGGUCGCGAUCAUCUCUAGUGUUGUUCAAGAUGACAUGGAACGGCUGCGGCAUCGGCGCCGACAGCAGGAGCCCUAUUCACCUGGGGCAAGCUCUCGGAGUCACUCACCGGCAAGCAGUGAUCGGUACACGGAUGACGAUUCUGCCAGUUUUGCUAGUCAGAUACGUCUUAGUCCCAAUGACGAACUUAAGCAUAAGAUGCCAUUAUCGUCACCGUUCUUUGACUGGAGCAUGGAAUAUUACCGAGAGCCGCAGAUGAAGCGGCCCGAAAACGAAGAACCUGGGAGUGUUCAAUACAAUGAUCAGAUGCACCGCAAACUUCGUAACGAACAGAUGAUAAUCAAGGCAGUUCAUGAAGCUGAGGACGCGGGUGAUCAUCCGUGGGACCGUUCCAUUAGCUACCUUAAUAAUCAAGCGGCACCGCUAAAUUUGAAGUUCCAUCAAUUCGAAACGCAUAUGGGCAUGACGAAUGAGGCAGAUAUUAUACACAUCUGGGACUGGCAGAAUAGAAAACGGCUUACUCGGUUCUCCAAUGGCAAUCCCAAAGGCACUGGCAUUACAUCCCUUCAUUUUAUCAAUGAAGACGUUAUUGGUAUGGUGUUGACCACCUCUUCUGAUGGUGUUGCCCGAAUCCAUCGCGAUUAUCACGAACAGAAUUCCGUGUCACUGAUUAGUGCCUUCCGUGCAGUACCGGAUAUCAUACCUUCGCCUCAUGGAUCCGGGAUUAUUUCAGAAUGGCAACAAACUUAUGGAACCUUAAUUGCUGGUGGGGAUAGCAACUUCGUUCGUGUCUGGAAUUGCGGCAAGGAGGUUAUGAUAUCUAACAUUCCAACAUCUGAAGCUAGUUGCGUAACCUCACUAUCCUUGGAUUAUGAAAGCGGGACCCAGUUUGUAGCUGGAUUCGGGGACGGAACAAUGGCCGUGUUCGACUUCCGUCUGAGACCAGAAGAUGCAGCUGUUGCGAGCUUUGCACGUCAUAGGUCAUGGUUGCAGAAAGUUCAAUGGAACAGACGUGCAUCACGUGAGAUUUUAUCAGCUAGCGUGGAUGGUGAAGUACGCCUCUGGGAUCUCCGCGCCCCUGAUUGGUCGGUUGCCGACUGGCGCCUCCAUCGCCAGGGAUUAUCGAGCUUCGCGAUGCAUGAUAAUGCACCUGUGUUUGCAUCCCUCUCGCAGGUCGCACCGGCUGCGUUCCGCACCCAGACGCUACAAGUUCAAGCGCUAUCCGGGACACAUGCGACGACGUUGAGCCGACUCGCCGUCCCCACAAAUCUAUAUCAGCCACCCGUCUCCACCAGUCUCAGCCCGUUCAUCCCCUUCACCGGCAGUGUCACGUUCCACCGGAACGAGAUGAUGUAUGCCGUUGGCGGAGUGGACGGUACUAUUCGGCUGCUUGGACUGAACUCUCCGAUGAGGGAAAAGGUAGAGUGGUACGACGAGGGCGAAUUCCCGCCAUACGUGGACUGGAACACGAUUCGAUCAUGAGUCUCGACGCCCCAUGCUCAGAUUUCUUGUAUUGUGAACGCCUGUGGCGGAGUGUGUUGAUGGUGGUGAUCUAUUUCUUCGUUCUGGACCUCUUUGUGUACAUUUUACUCGCUGCAUACUUCCUUCCUGUUACUGCUCAGUCCUGGCCCCCCCACCUGCGAUUUCUCCCCGGUUUAGUGUUUCUACUCAGUCUCACCCUCGGGUUUCGCCGUGUAUGUUAUCACCCGUGCAAAUUGCUCCUUAGUGUACCCUACCGUUGGGAUCCUUCCUCGCAAUCUUAGCUAGAAACCUGGCCUAAUCAGCCAAUGCAUAUCCUU